UUCGGCUCUACUAGGGUGGGGGAUGCCGUGGUUAAAAUAUUUGCAUAUAUUUCGCAGUCACCCUGUAUGUGCGCAUGCUUUUCCCGAUUGGAGAGGGAGGAAGCAAGCGGAACGAGUGGUACGAGAAAAAUUCGGCCGUACCGUACAUAAAUGUCCAUAUUUGUGAUUUUUCAACGACACGUUUUCUAUUCCCAUCAAUCCCCCUGAACGCUAUAUCCCCACUACUAAAGAAAAACCCGUGUUCAUUCCUUCCUCCUCCUCCUCCCACCUCCCUCAUGCGAUAAUGAGUACCUUGGGAGGUAUAAAUUGUUCAGUGGACCCUUUUCCAUUUAUUGUGUUUUUAGUGCUUGUGGUGACAAUUUUCACAAAUGGCCAACUGUGAAUACAAAAACUUGGCCAUAGAUGCGUCUGUCGACAAGCAAAUUCAGAUUUGCUUCCAAGGAGUCCGUUACAAUAUUUGUUGUUACAGAGCCAUUCUGAACACGAUGUCUUCAACAAGAUAUUUAUGUCUGGUUUGUGGAUGUUCAGAAACGGAAGUAGAAAGGAUGCACCAUUUUCCAUCAAAUGUGGAGAGGUCAAAGAUAUUGCAGGAAAACAUGGGAAUGACGUAUUCUGGGGAAUCCCAUAAGAACCAAAGAAUAUGUUCUCGUUAUUUUACUGCAAAUAGUUAUAUGGAUUCUAAACUUCGACGAGAUGCUGUUCCAACACUCUUCUCUUGUAAGCCAACAUUACAACCAAGAGAUGAAGAAACUGGAAGUUUUGAAAGAUCAACAACUGUCGACGUAGCUGCUUCCUCACUUGUAGAAGAUACACCACUAGUGCCCAGUUCCUCAAUACAACCAUUAAUAGCCAUUCCCAGAAUAUCGCAAGAAAUACCAAUCGCGAGUACAUCUCGAAGUGAAAAACGAAAGCACCCGUUGUUCAAGGGCAUUGAAGGCCUAUCACGUGCUGAGAGUACACCAAGAAAACGCUAUCUAAUGGAUGUGGUAACAAAAAAGGAGGAUCACAUCCGGAAACUGAAGAGGCAAUGCAAGCAACGUGGACAGGAUAUUAAAGCAUUGCAAGAUUUGUCUGAGUCAAAUGUUGCACGGACCCUUUUUAAAGGAUUGUCUCAAGAAACGGCUAAUUUUUUAAUUGCACAGUUGAGGUGUGGAAAGCGAGCACCAAAAGGAAGAAGGUGGAGUGAUGCAGAAAAAGUUGUAGCAUUGGCGAUCUAUAAAAGGGGGCCAAAAUGUUACAACUUUUUACGCAAAAUUGUGGCCUUGCCGUCAAGAAGGACAAUUCUUGCACUGCUAGAAAAAGUGCCUUUGGAAGUGGGAAUAAAUGAACAUUUGUUUAGAUACUUAAACCAAUCCCUACACGAGAAACUGAUAGGCUGUGUGUCCUUCUGUUUGAUGAGAUGGACAUACAAGCUAAUUUGUAUUAUCAUAAAAGUGCGGACCGAAUUAUUGGUUAUGCAGAUUUCGGGGGCGAAGACAACAGACUUGAAGUUGCCAACAAGGCAUUAGUUUUUAUGUGCCAGGGUGUGUCACGAAAGUGGAAGCAACCUGUGGCAUAUUACUUUUGCCACAAUGCCUGCACUGCAACUGACGUAGUGAGGUGCCUUCAAGAAGUCCUGCAUGCAGCAACUACAUUUGGGAGAUUUGAUGUUGUUGCCACUAUUUGUGAUAUGGGGAAAAAUAAUGUGAAGGCCCUUAAAGCAAUGGGAGCCUCGAUACAAACUCCAUAUUUUACAUUUGGCGAAAAGAACAUCUACACAAUGUAUGACCCUCCGCAUUUAUUAAAAUGCACCGUGGCAUUGUUCCGCAAAUAUUCUGUUUUGCUACCAGUUGAAAUUGGAGGCCAAGAACAAAUUAUGGAAGCCAAGUUCCAAGACAUCAUUGAUGCCCAUACAACUGACAAAAAUACCCCAUUUAUUUUCCAAGCGAUGCGGAAAAUCAAAGAUAUUCAUUUGGCACCUAUUAUGCAGUAUAGUAUGAAAGUCUGCAUAGCAGCGCAAGUAAUGAGCCACACAGUUGCGUCGUUUUUAUACAUCUUACUAUCCCGAGGUGAGAUGGAGCAGCGUACUGUGGCGACUGCAACAUUUGUUCAACAAGUUGAUGAGCUGUUCGACAGCUUUAAUGGAAGCCAACUUACACCAGGCGACAAGGAGUUGAAGUGCGCAAUUUCCCAAGAGUCAAAGCACUUGUCGUACUGGGAGAGAGCAUACCAGACUGUGAAAACAUGACAAUUCCAAAGACAUACCAAAACGGCUAAUUUAAAAAACAGCAAUCCUCUAUCACAAAUUGGUUGGUUGAUUUCCAUGCGAGCGAUAAAAGCGAUUUGGGACUGUGUUCGGCUUCAAGGGCUUGAAUAUUUGCGGCCCAGGGCGCGUAUUCUCUAAUUCAGAACCAAAACGUAACGUUUUGAAAACGCUUAGCGUAAUGUGAGACGUCAAAGUCAUGACAAAGCGACAAGCACAUCGUCAGUCAAUUGAAUUUGGUAUUCUGUAUUGCCAACCGUUUUCCAAUAACCAGUCGUUUCGAAAACGGUGAGCACUUGCUGGCAACACAGCAUAACUUCUCUGUCAAUUCUAAUUUUUUUUAUUGUUGACAAUCGUGACUUUUCUAACUUUAUCUAAUGUCGAACACAAAAAAGCAUUACUCCGCUUUGCAAAAGCGAAUGUUAUUAGAAUUCAUCGAGGAGAACCCGGACAUGGUAAAACAAAAAAUUUCAAACCAAUAUACGGCUUCCGAUAUAAGGACGCUCUAAGGGGAUAUCCAGACUCGCCUAGUAAAUAGUAACUGCCUCUGUGUUCUCGUGGGAGGUCCCGCAGAAAAGUAAAAAUAUUAGAAUUUUGCCAAACAAAACUGUCGUGGGUACUGCCCGGAAAUCUGGCAUUCACAUUGGUUAUUUUGAGUUCUUCAUCACAAAUAAUUUGGACAUUUAAAGAAUGAUACCGUUUCCGAUUUAUGUACAAAUGUUCGUUUUCGAUGGGAGUAACGAUCGAAACAUGAGUGCCGUCAAUACACCCAAUAAUACCCGGUAAUCCAAAUUUAAUGAAAAAUCUUUGCCGAAUGUUUGUUAGUUCCUCAAUUGUUUGCGGAAAUUUAAUGAAACGGUAUAACAUAAACGGAGUGUUAAAGGCGUCUAUAAUUUCGUGAAUUGCCCGCGACACAGACGGUUGGCUGAGUCCAACAGUGUAGUUACCUCCUACGUCGAGUUGGUAACUACCGCCGGCAAAAAAUCUUAGAGCAGCAAGUAACUAAAUUAAGAGAUGCAAUGAUAACUUUUUCGUAAUAAAAAUAAAUGUUUAUACCUUUGUCCGAGUAGUUAGGCCUAAACAAUUUAAUAAAACGAAAAUCAGACAAGUCAAACGGAUCGACCGCUUCAAUCCGAACUCUUUGCUGAUUUUCACCUUUUUCAACAUUUUCUAUAACAUUUUGGAUUAAAAACUCAUUCAGAUUUGCCAUUGCAAGAAAUUAUGAUUUUUUUUUAAAUGUCACAUACGAAAACGACGAGCAAAACGCAACCUACAGCUUACCGUUUUCAAAACGGUCAGCGUUUUUGCGAAUGCGAAACGUAAGACAAAUAGAGAAUACCAAAUUUUAAAUUUGUUACGUUACCAUGCGAAAAUUGACGUCAUAAACGCUUUGCGUUCUAAAACGCUAAACGCAAAUGAGUUAGAGAAUACGCGCCCAGGUCGCUAAAUCAAGACGCACUAGAGAAUCUGUUUGGCGCUGUGCGAGGAGGAUGUGGCAGCGGAGACAACCCCACAUGUUUCCAGUUUAUUGGAAGUUUGAAAAUUCAAAUAUUAAAUGGAUUAACAACUCAGAAAUUGGACGGCAACUGUGAAGCUGAUGAGCAUGAGUUGUUAACCAAUCUCCAACAAUUUUUAAGUGUUGGACCAACAAGUCAGAGUACUGAGGAAUUAGGAGUAACUCCGUUAGCUCCAUCGUCUCAGCCCACAUCAUCAGCAACCGCCACAUUACCAGCAACUGCAGCAGAUAUUUUCAACGAUGCUGCCGAAUGUGUAGCUGGUGGAAAUACGGAAAUUUUGUCUGUGGCAUACGUAAGCGGGUACAUAAGUGGUAGAAUUUUGUCCAAAAUAGAAUGUGAUAUGUGUCAUGACCUCCUCACUGCAGAACCAGAUCAGCCACACAAUAUGUUUAUAACAUUUAAAGAGUGGUCUGAGAAGCAGCAGAAAUUAAGCUACCCUUCAGACAGUUUGGUAACAUAUGUGUGUGCUGCAGUAACUGCAUUGGAAAACUUUCUACCAGCUUUUGGUGGUAAAACUGGUGUGACAAAGGAUACUAUUCAGCAAAUUAUUCAAACAGUUCCGUCUGCCUGGUUUACAUGUGACCAACAUAAAGAAUUUUAUUUUACGGGCUAUAGCAACAGGUGUAUGUCUAAUAGGAAUACCAUGGUACUGCAAACGGCAGAAGGCUGAAUCGAUACAAGCUAAAAAGGCAAAGAAGUCCAAAUCCACGAUGUCAAAAAAAAUGAAAAAGCUGCAGCACAUAUAAAAUUACAUUCAGUUUAACGAUUCCUUAUAUUUGGGAUUGAAUUUUUAUAGUCGUUAAUGUCACAUUAUGCUUCAUGUAGCACUUGUUGCCAUAUUAUACUCUCCUAUUUAUGAA